AUGUCCCCCCCCAUCGCCAUCCUCGGAGGCGGUCCAAGCGGCCUCACCCUCGCCGGCAUCCUCGAACAACUCGGCCACGACUACAUCAUCUACGAACGCAGCGCCGAAUCAACUCCCCCCCGCGGCGGCUGUCUCGACAUCCACCGCAGUAGCGGCCAAAUCGCCCUAAAAGCCGCCGGCUGUUUCGAGGAAUUCAAGAAAUAUGCUCGUGGCGGGUACGCCACGAUCCAUUCUGUGUGGGAUGCUCACGGCACGGAAUUGUUUAAGUUCGGGGAGGGGAGGGAUUCGCCGGAGAUUGAUCGCGGGCAGUUACGGAGGGUGAUGUUGAGUUCGAUUCCCAAGGAGAAGGUGAAAUGGGGGUGUGCUGUGAAGAAUACGUAUAGGAGGGAUGGGGAUGGGCAGGUGGUGGUGGAGUUUGAGAAUGGGGAGGUGGCGGAGGGGUUUGGGCUUGUGGUUGGGGCGGAUGGGGUGAGGAGUAAGUUGAGGCAUUUGGUCACGUCCACUGAACCGAUCUACUCCGGGAUUCUCUUCCUGACAAUGUUCAUCCACCCCUCGAACCCCUACCACUCUAUCCUCGAGCAACUAGCCGGUCAAGGACCGAUGGUAAUUUGUGGCCGGGAGAAGAAAAUCUGGAUCCAGCGACAAGGGGAUAGCCAUUACCGGAUGGAUUUCGGGUGGAAGGGACCGACUGAUUUCCCUGCUGCCGAUGAACUCGAUCUUGCUGAUGAAGAUGCCGUGAGGGAGUUUCUUCUCCGAGAAGAGUAUUUCGGUGGACACACGUCUGUCGUCCACGACAUCAUUCGGAACUCUACCGGUCCCUUUCGCACCUGGCCGUUGUAUUACUUCCCCCCUGAUAAACUCAGCUGGGAGACUGCCCCCGGGGUAGCCCUGAUUGGGGAUGCCGCGCAUGUGACGACGCCGUUUGUGGGCGAUGGGGUGAAUUGUGCGAUGCGGAGUGCGUGGAUCCUGGCGAACAAGAUUGGGGAGUUGGGUAUUACGCAGGAGGCGGUGGCGGCGUAUGAGAAGGAGAUGUUUCCGUAUGCGCAGGAUGUGAUUCGGCGUAGUGUGUUGUCUGGGGAGAUGUUCUUUGAGUGGGAUAGUCCGAGGUCGUUGAUGAAGAAUAUGCUGUCCGAGGAUAGGGUUAUUAGGGAUGAGGGGGAUUAUUGA